CUCCACUCGGUGCCAGGCGAACCUGUGGGGGCUGAGUGAGCCAACUGGACCCUGCAGGUGACGUCUGAACGACAUAAUCACCUGGGAGACACGAGGGGGCAUCGCGGGAUGUUCUCUCCUGUGCAUGGUCAAUCGCGAGCACAGUGAUUGAUCGAAUCCUCACAUCAGCCAUUCUCCUUGACGCCGCUCGCAAUGACCGAAAGCGCGCAGAGUGCCCCUGACAUGGGCAUCCUCCCCUCUCCGCAUACCGUCGACGUGGCCAUCAUUGACACAACCGGCACCAUCCGAGGGGUUCCAUCGCAGCUGUUUCUCACCCCGCCCGUCAAAGGGUACGAUUGGCUGGCUCUUCCUGUCUUCUCCUUUCUUGUCAAGCACCCCAGCCUGGAUCGCUCCAUCGUCUUCGAUCUGGGCAUCCGCAAAGACUGGGAGAACCUAAGCCCAGCGGUGCUGUCCCAGCUGAAGAACCACGGAUGGAAUGUGCAUGUGGACAAGGAUGUCAGCGAGAUACUUCACGACGCCGGUGUCAAUGUCAACAAAGUAGAGGCCAUCAUCUGGAGCCACCAUCACGCUGACCAUACCGGCAACCCCAACACGUUCCCAUCGAGCACCUCGCUCAUAGUCGGCCCGGGCUUCAAGUCGGUGCUCCCCGGAUAUCCCACCAACCCAAACUCGCCCAUCCUCGAAAGCGACUUAUCCGGCCGGGAGCUGAUCGAGCUAGACUUUGACUCGGGCACCUCAGGAGCGCACACCUUCCAGCGCCUCACCAUCGGCCGCUUCCGCGCCCUCGACUACUUCAGUGACGGCUCCUUCUACCUCCUCGACUCGCCGGGCCACGCCGUCGGCCACAUCUGCGCCCUCGCCCGCGUCACGUCUAGCCCGGCCUCGUUUGUCUUGCUCGCCGGCGACGCCAUUCACCACCCGGGUGAGAUCCGCCCAAGCAAGUACCUCCCGCUGCCCAAGGACAUCAUCCCGGACCCGUUCGCCCCGGAUCCCCACCCGCUGGAAUCCCACUACGCCUGUCCCGGCGCCGUGUUUGACGCGCUCUUUGCCGGACGAGGGCGACCGGCGAACAGACCUAUCUAUAAGCCGGCGGGGGAGGCGGAGACGGGGGGCAGGUCGUUCCACCACGACAUGGACGAGUUGUUGCGGGUGAUUGAGAAGUUGCAGGAGGCUGAUGCUCAUGACAAUGUCUUUGUUGCGGGCGCCCAUGACGAGGCGUUGCUGGAUCAUAUCGUCUUCUUCCCCCAUGGCACGAUGAACGAUUUUGUGAAGAAGGGGUGGCUGAGGAGGGUGCGGUGGCGGUUCUUAAGGGACUUUGCCGACGCGGUCGGGAAGCGGGAUCAUGAGUUUGGAAGGAGGCAUUGGGGUCAUGAGUGAAGCACACCGCCGUAUUGUACUGUAGCUAUUGUAGCACAACAGCUGGAGAAGAAAAGCACGGUCACGGAACCUCAUAUUGCUUAUAGCGAAUAUAAGAUUGUCUCGGUCACGCACUGCGUUUGUUAGUCACACCUAGAUGGUCACGGAGAGUGUAUUGCAG